AUGGACGCUAGCCCCGAGCGAGAUUGGGCCAAGGUUCUGGAGGAGGUCCACGCGAAGACCUUCUCGGCGUACCUCUCGCUUCGCCAACGUGCCGUGAACGACGACUCGCAGCCGCUUCGAGAUGUUGUCACUACUCUCAGGCUGCUUGUCGGUGCCACGCAGAGCCUAGCAUUGCUUGUUGAGGAGCUCCGCAUGCGAGAGCUGGACUUCCUGUUUGACGGACCGAAACCUGGUCGCAACCUGCUUGACACAUUGGAUGGCACUUUGAGCGACUUGGAACAGGCUACUCAAGGGGGAAUUAUUGACGAAAAAAUCCUUGUCAAUCUUCGCGCCAUUUUCAGCGGCCUCAGAACAGCGGCAGCUACCGACCACCACCUUGACUUCGAGCUUUGCUUAUCCACCAUUGGCUCCUCAUCUGUCGUAGAACAACGGCCUCAGCCUGCGCUGUCUACAUUGAAUGACCCUCACCAUCAUGACAGCUCCUACAACGAUGCUCUAGCAUGUGUCGAGCAGAUCUGCGGCCCCGAUGUUCAACUAGCCAAGCCAGGUGAAUACUACGUGUACAAGGCGAAGCUGGCGGAGAGAGAUGUGGAACGGCCAUCCUAUGGCACGUACGCGCUGAGACUGCCAAAGCUUGUCGAGAAGCACUGGGGAAGUAUUCGCCGAGACGAGAGUAUUGCUCCCGAAACGACACAGUAUGCCUUCCAAUCCGAUUUCAAGCACCUUUUCUCUCCAAAACUGAAGACAGGGAACUUUGAGAACUGGGUUCUCGAAUACGCGCGCCAACAGUGGCCCGAACGGUUCGAUCCCACGUCCCCGAACUUUUCGACGAAACCUCUUCCGAAGUUUGCCGGUGGCUGA